AUGGGAAAGGGCCAGUUUUCUCCCACUGAGAAGAAACCGGAUAGAAAUGGGCAGCGAGGCAAAAGCAGUGACUCAGGAAAUGGGUCCAAAGAAGUGAAUGACUACGUACCUCCCCCAGAUGGUGGAUGGGGGUGGAUGGUAGUGUUUUCCUCUUUUCUUAUCCACGUGAUAGCUGAUGGCAUUGUUUACUCCUUUGGUGUCUUCCUGAUGGAGUUUGUCGACUACUUCAAGGCGGGCCGUGGAGCCGUGUCCUGGAUAGGUGCCUUACAGCCUGCCGUGACUUUUACUGUCUGUUUCAUAUUGGCACCUCUGACAGAGUUACUAGUUCACGAGUAUUCCUGGCAGGGAGCCAUGCUGAUCCUCGGAGGCAUCAUCCUGAACGUUGUUGUCUGUGGCAUUAUCUUCCGACCCCUGGAGUCAAGUGGAAGGUCUACAAGAAAGGACUCAACUGAAGCUGAAAGUGUUGCUCUGUUGAGUAAUACAGAUCAGGAAGAGAGAGAACUACUAAAAGGGGGAGAUAUUGUUACUGUAGAAGCUGUGGUACUGCUAAGCAAGAAGCCACUAAAUGAUGACAGUGGUCAGGGUGAUGGAGAUAGGAAUAAAUCUCUCACAGCAGCAGAGACCUUUGAGAUUAUUAACAGUCUGCAAGCAAUGCAUGUUUUGCCCAAUGGAACAGCCGCUUUAGUAACCAAGGACAAUUCUGAAAACACAGAAAUUGUUAACAGAGCUUCAUCUUUUGAAACAAAUGUCAAUUCUAAUUCUGGUGACUCUGAAAAGGGAAAUAACAAAUAUCUCCUCAGUGCCAGUCAUUGCGAGGUUAAUGCAGACCGGUACCAAAACCUUGCCAGUUUUGCAAGUUCAGACAGUGCCUUGCACAAGCAGACUGAUGCACAAUCUGAACAGCAAGCUAGUGCAGCCGCGCCAAGGAGAAGAAGAAGUCAUAGACAUAGUGAGUCAUCUCAUGGUUCAUCAGCAAAUCUGGCACCUUUACAUCGUAAAGACAUCUUCUACAGUGGCAGCUUACAGAAUAUUCCCAUGUACAGGUCACAGCCGGAUGUUUACAUUGCAACAGUUGCAGGAUCUCAUGGGGUGGAAGUUAAAAUUGUUUCAGAAAAGGGAGAGAAGAAAGCUGCUGGGUGCUUGGAUUUAUCGGAAGAGUUUCGAACAACAAUGAAAGACAUGCUUUCUGUGUCUUUAUUAAAGAAUCCAGUGUUUUUGAUGUUUGCUUUUUCAAACUUCUUCACUAGCAUUGGCUUCAACAUGCCUUUCAUCUUUCUGCCUGACAGAGCCAAGCUGGCUGGAAUUGAUGAAGAUAAGGCAGCAUUGCUACUGUCGGUAAUUGGUAUUGCAAAUACAGCCGGUCGAGUGAUCUUUGGAUUUCUCUCCGAUCGACCAUGGGUCAACAGAUUAAUGCUCUACAACACAGCCCUAACCAUUUGUGGAGUGGCCACUGCUCUAAGUCCUGUUUUUGGUGGAGAUUAUACGCUGAUGGUUGUUUAUGCAGCAGUUUUUGGUGUCUUCAUUGGUGUUUAUGUAUCCUUGACUUCUGUUGUACUUGUUGACCUCUUGGGCCUGGAGUAUUUGACCAACUCAUUUGGCCUUCUCCUCUUGUUUCAAGGAGCAGCAACUUUUGUGGGGCCACCCAUUGCAGGUUGGCUGUGUGACUGGACAGGCAGCUAUGACAUUUCUUUUAUCCUGAUGGGCGCUUUGAUAGCUCUUAGUGGUAUCAUGCUGUUCUUUCUGCCCUGCGUGGAACGCUACUAUGAACGUCGGAUCCCGAAGGAAAUCAUUGUACAUGAUAUUGAACUCGGGAAACAUACACACACCAAAGAUGUUGUUGAAAUUUUAAGCAUAGAACAGGCCCCUUCUGAAGUCUAG